AUGCAACGGAUUCUCCACAUUCCGAUGUGCCCGGAAUUCACUCUUCACAUAGCCAUCUCCCAGGAUCCGCAUUUCCGGGUCGAGUUUCUUCCGGUGCACGCGGAGGAUGCGUCGGUAGAGCGGAAGCGGAGGCAGAAGGGCCAGAGCAUCGGAGAGGCUGGAUUUGGAUCCGAAGGUGGAGGGCGUAGCGAGCCGGGCGGCCGUGGGGAGGAAAGAAGGAGAAUGCUCCCCACCCCCUCAACCUCCCACGUCUCUUUCGACACCAUCUACGAACCCUCCGAAGACUCCUACCUCUUUCUCGAUACCCUCUCCUCCGCCAGCGAAUCCGCCUGGCUCACAACCCACUUCCACCCCUCCACCACCCCCACCCCCUCCCCCUCCCCUCUAAUCCUCGAAGUCGGUACCGGCUCCGGCGUCGUCCUCGCCUUCGUGACCGCCAACUCCCAGCACAUUCUCGGCCGCACCGAUGUCCUCGCCCUCGGCACAGACGUGAAUCGCAAUGCCUGCGCUGCAACCAGACAAACCGUCUUGAAAGCCAUUGAAGAGCAACAACAACAACAACAACAACAACAACAACAACAACAACAACAACAACAACAACCCUCACCAUCCAAUGGCAUAAAAUCCACAAUAACAAGCACCCUCCUCACGGACCUCGCCACCCCAAUCCGCCCCCACACAAUCGACAUCCUCCUCUUCAACCCACCCUACGUCCCUACCCCCGAACUACCAUCUCUCCCUGUUACCACAAACCACGACACAGCAACGUUAUCGCGCAGCGAGAAAUUCGAACAAGAAUCCUACUAUCUCUCGUUGACGUACGCGGGCGGAAAGGAUGGGAUGGAGACCACGGACCGCUUGUUGGAGGAUAUUCCCCGGGUGUUGAGUCCCCGGGGCGUGGCGUAUGUGUUGCUUUGUGCGCAGAAUCGGCCCAGGGAGGUGGUGGAGAGGAUUGGAAAUUGGGAGUUUGAUGAUGCGAAUGGGGAGGGAAGGGAGGGGAGGUGGUGUGCGGAGUUGGUUGGGAGUAGUGGGGUGCAGGCGGGGUGGGAGAAGUUGGUUAUUGUGAGGGUUUGGAGGGAGUACAUCUAA